AUGGACCCGACAGUCGCCGCGCCCACGUUGGGCGGCCUCGGCGGCCUCCCGCCGCCGGGCGUCGACGAGGUCGUGACGACGGGCUACGCGGGGGGACCGCUCGGCGUCGCGCUGCCGCCGCCCGCGUCGAGCGACAUCGGCCUCGGCGCCUUGGGCCCGCCGAACGACCCGCCCGUGCCGCCGGGCGCGGCAAGCCUGGGCGGCCUGCCGCUGGGGGCGGCCGCGCCGGGCAUGCAGCCCCCGCCCUCGGCUUUCGGGCCGACGUCGCUCAGCGAGGCCGUGAGCCACCGCCUCGACGCGGGGGCCCUGCGCGCGCUCGCCGAGCUCGAGACGGCCGAGGCCGACGCCAUCGCGCAGCGCCUCGAGCAGGCCGGCGCGACCGUCCGCAACCCCAGCGCCUACGUGCACCGCGCGGUCAACAACGCGCGGCGCCGCGGCACGCAAGCGCCGCCCUACGGCCAGCCCGGCGGCGCCUACGGCGGCGGCGCGGCCGCAGGCCAGCUCGACCAGAACGCCCUGAGCGCGCUGCAGGAGCUGCCCCAGGAGCAGGCGACGUCGAUCCUCGACGAGCUCGCGUCCAAGGGCGCCGGCGUGCGCAACCCGUCGGCCUACGUCGUCAAGGCCGUCGGCAACGCGCGGCGCCAGUUGGAAGGAGGCGGCCGCUUCUACGGCGGCGGCCCGCCCGGCGGCCCGCCGCGGGGCUACGGCGGCGGCGGCUACGGCCGGCCGCCGAUGCACGGCCAGCCGCCGGCGCCGCGCGGCUACGGCGCGCCGCAGCAGCCCUUCGGCCCCACGGGCCAGCAGCUCGACUACCCCGGCGGCCACUACUACGAGCACCACGCGGCGCCGCCGCCGUCGCAGCCCUUCGACACGGACGCGGCGGUGGCUGCCGAGUAUGCUCACUUAGAUCAAAAGGCCGUCGCGGCCCUGCAGGCCUUGCCGGCGCUCCAGUCGACGCAGAUCCUUUUGGAGCUGCGCAGGAAGAGAGGUGCCAUCCGCAACCCGAGCGCUUAUGUGAUGCGUGCCACGGCGAACGCCGCCGCGGGCACGGUGCCCGACACGGCGCGGUCGCCGCAGUACGCCCAGUAUCAUCAACAGCAGCAGCAGCAGCAGUACCAGUACGACCCGUCCCAACAGCAGUACGGCCAGCCGCCGGCGCCGGCCGACCAGCAGGCGGCGUACCAGCAGCAGCAGUACGCGCAGUACGGCCCGCCGGCGGGCUACGCCGCCGCGCCGGGCGCCGCGCCGGGCGCCGCGCCCGACUACGCGGCCUACGCCGACGCCGAGGCGGCCUAUGCCGCGUACGCGGCCGGCGGCCAGCCGGCGGCCUACGCUCAGCCGGGCUCCGCGCCCGGCGCGCCGGAACCCGGCGCCUAA